AUGGAAAUGGUUCCUACUUUUCCUGAUUAUGAAGAUGAGGAGAUGGUUAAUAUAUCAGGAGAAAUGAAUGUUCUGAAAACCAAAGAUUCUGGCAGUGACAAGGAAGAAUCUCAAGUGGUGUCUUCAGAGGAGAAAGUAAAGUGUAAAUCCCUGGAAAAGUCUGAGGAACAGUCUACUGUUAAAAGGAAAGAUGACAAAAGUAAAAAAAAAGAUUUGAAGAAACAACAAAAAUGUUCUAAAGAAAAGAGUAAAAAGAAAUGUAGCUCUUCAGACCAAAAAAAAGUUCGCUGCAAAAGACACUGUAUGCAGGAUCGAGAAAUCUUUGACACGGGUACCUGGGUACAGUGUACUAACAGUGAGUGUCUGAAAUGGCGAUUCCUUCAUGAUGUUCAAGAUCCCAUCACAGUUCCAAUGUUAUGGACAUGUGAUAUGAACUCAGAUACCAACCAGAAUGACUGCUCUUACCCUGAGGCUUUACCUUCUAACAAGGAUAAUGAAGAAUUCAUCUACACAAAGUACACUGAAGGCACAGUUGUGUGGGCCAGAGUGGAUGGAUACCCUUGGUGGCCUGCUAUGGUUGAAAUGGAUCCAGACAGUUUAUCUUACUUUGAUAUUGAAACAGAAAACAGCAUGUAUCCUAAAUUUUAUCAUGUUGUGUUUUUUGGCAAGAAGGUAUCACGUGCAUGGGUGACCGUUUCCAACGUUGCUCCAUUUACUGAAAGUAAACCUCCACCAAUGGGCAAAGGAAUGCUUCGAAUGAGAACCCAGGAACUCAAUGCAGCCGAGAAACUUGCUGUAAAAGCUUUGGAAUUGCCAAUUAAAACCAGGCUUAAGAUGUUCAGCUUCAGUAGCAGAUACAAAGGAUCCUGGGGUGACUGCAGUUGCCAUGCUUGUUUGCAAGCAGUGUCCACAGCUGACCAAGACAGUGAAGAAGGCGUUUGA